AAUACCACACGUUAUAAUUUGGGCAUCUCCAUGAAUCUUGCCUUGAAAUUGAAAGGUGAACUGUUUUGUACAUUAGUUUAUAGCAAACGAAUCGACAUUUUAUCAGCAAAUCCAGUUAAAAUCUUACCAUUGGGCUUCGAGAGCCGCUACGCUCGCGAAGCUCAAUGGUAAGAUUUUAACAGGUCCAGUCCCAAGACUAUUUCUACCUACGUAGCUACCUAUAGCUAUAGCCAUCUACCUAGACUGCUAUGCACAUUAAUUGGAGGCACCCAGUAGUGUUGACUCUUGUGAUUGGAGUUCCAAUAUCACACUUCAGUAUUUCAGGGUACAGAUACUUCACCAGUAAAGCAGAAACAGACAGUGAGAAGCAAAGUCAAAAGUUGGAGCAGAUCUAUUGGGCAAAAAUAAAGGAGCAGGAAGACAAAAAUAAAGGAACAGAACAACAAGGACAGCCAGAGUAAUUAAAAAUGCCAAAAACUCCCAGGAUUAAAGUAGGAAAGGAAAAAUCUGAAAAAGUGGUUCAUCCCAACAGCAGAAAAGCUGCAUAUUUGGCAGGAAAAGUAAAUCGUGAUGAAAGGGUAAAGAUAUCCAAGCAAGCAUCGUCUCUGAAACUGGAAGUUCUGGCAGAGAAACUGCUCUGGUUCAAAGAGAGACUGGAUCCCCAAAAGAAAGUGUUUACCAGAUCUGAUCUUGGGCACCUGGUUAAAGAUUAUUUACAACGUUUUGAGUCGGAACUAGAGCAGAUUGACAUUGUGAGAAGUGUAGGAAAACGACAAGGAAAUCCCCAUAGCUCCAGAGAGAAUGCGGUCAAAUUGACCAUUGAACGAGAAAAAAGACAAAUUGAUGAGGGGUCAUUUGAAGUUCCACACAUAUUCAAUGCCAAAAAUCUGGCUUUCCUGAGAGCAUGGAAUGGGGAAAUUAAAUAUGUCAAAAACAUUAAAUUGAGUAAAAUAACUGCUAAGGAUUUAGAGGGAGGAGAGGUCGAAGAGUCUACAAAGGAGGAGGAGAAGGAGGACAAUGAUAAAGCGAUGGAGGACGACAGUCAGGCAACAGACGAGACUACGUGAUCAACAGACGAGACUACGUGAUCAAUGGAGAUUUUGUAUAACUUCUUUUGUUUGCUGCUGAAUUUGAUUGUUCAUGGGAUUUAAGUUGUGUUUCAUGAACUGUGAGGCAUUGUUAUCCAUUUUAUAAAGAUAAUGCAAAAAGAACACACAAAAAAUCUGUUGGUUUUUGGCAUAUAGCAAAUGUUAUAUAGUUAUAUAUGAUGGAAUUUUUACACUUUGUGUUGGUUGCAAGUGAUCUUGAAAACUAGUGACCUUGACUUUUCAGUGACAUAUUCAUACUACUGAACACCUGAUAUCACACAGGUAGAAGAAUAGUCUGUUGCAUAGUACAAAUGAUAAAAAUCAACCAGUUUAAAAAGGU